AUGAUCGACAUCCACAUUCCCUAUCACCCGGGCCCGGGGCUGUUUUCCCCUGUAUACCUGUUAUCGGUUUGCUCUGUCCUUGUGGUGUAUGCCUUAUGGAAGCUGGCCCACAUCAUCGCCGCUCCCUACAGGUCUAGCCUGCGCUACUUACCUGCGCCGCCAUCUUCUAGCUGGUUGUAUGGCAAUCUCAAGGAUAUAUCGGCCGCUGAAGCGCGCUCACUCCAUGAGCGCUGGGUAGAGCAGUACGGAAACACGAUCACUUACAAGGGCUUGUUGAAUGCCAACAUCCUGUAUACCAUCGACACGAGGGCCGUCAAUCAUAUCCUCAGUCAUUCAGUUGACUACUGCAAGCCGGCGCCUGUUCGCUUUGCGUUGUCUCAGUUACUCGGGAAAGGUUUGCUGUUUGUCGAAGGCGACCAGCACCACCAACAGAAUCCAGCCUUCGGUCCAGGUCAGAUCAGAGAGCUUACGGACAUUUUCAUUUUGAAGGCCAACAAGCUCUCUGAAUACUGGAAAGACCUCAUCUCCAAGACCGGGGAUCCCGCCCGCAUCGAGGUUGUAGAGGGUCUGUCAAAGAUGACCCUUGAUGUGAUCGGACUGGCUGGCUUCAACUACGAGUUUAACGCCCUGAAUGCGGGCGGCAAGAGGAACGAGCUAAAUGCCGCAUUCAGCGUCAUCUUCGGGAAGGCAACGAACGCACCCUCUGUAUUUGGGUUCCUUAGAUUCUUGAUCCCUCCGCUUCGGUGGAUUCCCACUCCUGGUUCAAGGAGAGUGGGGAAGGCCAGGGGGAUCAUGCACCGCGUCGGCAUGCAGCUCAUCCGCGAGAAGAGGGCGGAGAUCACCGCGGCCAGUCUCGGCGGGAAGGGGGACAGCAAGCAGGCGGAACUGCAGAGCCGCGACUUGUUGACGUUGCUGAUCAAGGCCAACGCGGGCUUGGACAUUCCAGAGAGCCAGCGGCUAUCCGAUGGUGACAUCUGGCCCUCACCUCACAAUACAUUUAGCUUCCUCGUCGCUGGGCACGAAACCACGAGCAACGCGACGGCCUGGGCGCUCUACGCCCUUGCCACCGCGCCGGAAAUACAAGACAAGCUGCGCGAGGAGCUGUACAGCAUCCCCACCGAGAACCCGUCCAUGGAUGAGCUGCAGGAGCUCCCCUACCUCGACGCCAUCGUUCGCGAGACGCUGCGUCUCCACGCGCCCGUCUCGAGCACGAUCCGCUCAGCGGUCAAGGACGACCUCAUCCCACUGAAUACCCCGUUCACGGACAUGCGCGGGCAGGUGCACGAUGUCAUCAAGAUCGACAAGGGUACCACGAUCGAUAUCCCCAUUCUACAAUUGAAUAGGUCCAAGGCCAUAUGGGGAGAGGAUGCGCUCGAGUUCAGGCCGGAAAGGUGGGAGACUACGCCUGAGGCGGCGCAGAACGUUCCGGGUGUCUGGAGCAACAUGAUGACGUUCCUGGGUGGUCCGCGCGCCUGCAUUGGCUUCCGCUUUACCCUGGCGAGUAAGAUGAAGGCCUUGCUGUUCACGCUCAUCCGCACGUUCGAGUUCGAGCUCGCUCUGCCUAAGGAGGAAAUAAUUCGCCAGCGUGCUGCUGUCCAGCGCCCGAUCGCCGCGGCGAGAUGGAGAAAGGCAGCCAGCUCCCGAUGUUGGUGA